UGUUCAGAUAAGCUGCUCCCAACAUGACCACGUCAUACCAGAAAGAGCUGGAGAAGUAUCGGGACAUUGAUGAAGACAAAAUCCUGAAGGAACUUUCGCCGGAAGAACUGGCCCAGUUGGAUGUGGAGCUGCAGGAAAUGGAUCCUGAAAACGUCUUGCUCCCAGCUGGGCUUCGCCAGCGAGACCAGACCAAGAAGAGCCCGACGGGGCCGCUGGAUCGAGAUGCCCUCAUGCAACAUCUGGAGAAGCAGGCGCUGGAGGCGGAGGAGCGCGAAGACUUGGUGCCCUUCACUGGGGAGAAGAAAGGGAAACCCUUCAUUCCAAAGAACCCCAAACGAGAGAUCCCGAAAGAAGAACAGAUCACACUGGAACCUGAACUGGAAGAAGCCUUAGCUAACGCUACAGACGCGGAGAUGUGCGACAUUGCUGCCAUCCUAGGCAUGUACACUCUGAUGAGCAACAAGCAGUACUAUGACGCUAUCUGCAGCGGCAACAUCACCAACACGGAAGGAAUAAACAGUGUCGUGCAGCCAGAUAAAUACAAGCCAGUCCCAGACGAGCCCCCCAACCCCACGAACGUGGAUGAGACGUUGAAGAAAAUACAGAAUAACGACAAGGAUCUCGAAGAAGUUAACCUUAAUAAUAUUAAGGACAUUCCCAUUCAGACACUUAAAGAGAUUUGUGAAGCCAUGAAAUCCAACACUCAAGUCAAGAGGCUCAGUCUGGUGGCAACCCGGAGCAACGACCCAGUGGCACAUGCAGUGGCUGAGAUGUUGAAGGAGAACAAGACCCUCCAAAUCCUCAAUAUUGAAUCCAACUUCAUCACCAGCGCUGGGAUGAUGGAAGUAAUUAAAGCCAUGAAGCAGAACACCACACUGUCUGAACUCAAGGUGGACAACCAGUGUCAACGACUGGGGGACUCGGUGGAGAUGGAGAUGGCCGCCAUGUUGGAAAACUGUCCUUCCAUCAUCCGGUUUGGCUAUCACUUCACACAGCAGGGACCAAGGGCCAGGGCAGCCUUUGCUAUCACCAAGAACAACGAAUUGCGCCGCAAGCAGAAGAAAACAUAAUGACUUGCUCCAUGCUGGAAUCCCGAGUGCCCUU